GUCUGUUUUAUUUUUAAGUAGCUGUUGUGUGAGCCGUAACCUAGCAGCAGCAGCAGCAGCCAGAACUUGACGACAUGGACCUUUCAGGAUAAAUGUUUGCUGCUACUCUACCUGUGUACCUCAGAAUGCCGCCGACUGGUCUCAUAUGGGAUAAAGUGUCGAAAAUUGAUCCAAAGACUCUUGAUGAAUGUGAAAAAGACGAACUGGAUGAAGUCUUCCACAUUUUUGUUGCGACAAAAGAGUGGGACGUGAAGGAUAAAGCCAAGGAGAACAUUAUACGUGUCCUCCAAGUGGGUCAGGCCCUGCUAAAGAUGAAAGAGCGUGAGGUUAAGCUCCAUGAAAGCUUCAUCGACGAUAUCGGUGUACAACACGUCAAAACCGAAAAUGAGCUUCGUGCAAAAGUGUCCAGGCUGGAACAAGAGCACAAGCAGCUCGGCACUGGGCCAGAUAGCCGCUUUCUUAGGGAUGAGAUUCGGCAGCUCGAGGCCCAGCUGGAGCAAUGGGAGAAGGAAUUGACCCAGUUAAGAAAAGACAUGGGCAAGGAGAAGAAAACCAAUGAAGAGCUGAUUGUGCGACUGGAGGAGGCUGAGGAUCAAGUGAAAAAGUUAAAAACAGAGUUAAAAAAAUCUAAGAAGAAGAAUGUGCAGCUCCAGCAGGACGUGGAGUUCUACCGUGGAGAGCUGGAGCAGAAGGAGCCGCUCACCUCCCGAGACGAUGGCGCCGAGACUCAGAGGAAGCUCAGCCUGGCCAACCGCCAGCUCUACCAGUGCCUGGAUGACCUGCAGAGAGCAGAGGAUGAAAAUGCACACCUGAAGACACAGAACGAGCAGCUGCAGAGAAGCCUGGAGGAGUCUGUGAAAGAGAUGGAGAAGAUGACAGAUGAGUACAACAAGAUGAAGAUCGUUGUGCAGCAGACUGACUCAAUUAUGGACCAGCUCAGGAAAGAAAGGGAUCACACGAAGCUUCAAGUUAGAGAGCUGACAGAAAAGAUUCAAAGCAUGACUGAAGAGAAUGACCCAAUCAUGGCCGCUGUCAAUGCCAAAGUAGAGGAGUGGAAGAAAGUGCUGUCUGGGAAAGAUGAGGAAAUUUUGGUGUACCAGCAGAUGAUCCGUGAACUGAGAGAAAAGCUGCGCUCUGCCCAGCUGGACUUGGACAAAAGCAACAUAAUUGCCCUGCAGCAGGUCAUAUACGAACUCUGUGGUGCCGUCCAGGAGCGAGAUAAUCAGAUUAAGAUGCUGAGUGAGCAGGUGGAGCAGUACACAGGAGAGAUGGAAAAGCACGCUCAGCUCAUAGAGGAGCUGAAGAUGUCCACAAACAAAGACAGAGUUUCUGUCUCAGGUGCUCCUUCGACGUUACAGCAGAAGAAGAUGGAGGAGCUGCAGUCCAAAUUGAAAGUCAUGGAGGCCAGAGCGAUGGAAGCAGAGCAGGCCUUCAGACAGGCAGAAUUGCAUGCUGAGGAGAAAGACAAAGCCUUUAUUGAGGCAUCAAAUCGCCUCAGCCAGUACGAGUCUGGCACUUACGGCCUGGAAGCAGCCAUUGCCGAGAUCAAAGAGUGUAACAAUCAAAUCAGAAUGAGAGAUCGUGAGGCAGAGGCCAUGACCAAAGAGAUCAACCAGCUGGAGCUGAGAAUCAAUGACCUCAUGGAUGAAAACGAGGAGCUCCGGGAAAAACUAGGUCUGGAGCCGAAGCAGGAAGUGGAUCUGACAGAAUUCAGGCGCACCAGGGAUCUCAGGCAGCGCCAGUACAAAGCCGAAAACCAAGUUCUUGCCAAAGAGAUUGAGCGACUGGAAGAAGAGCGGCUGGAGCUAAAGAAACAAAUCAGGCGCAUAGUGAAAGAAAAAGCUGUGCCUACUGGAAUCCCCCAGUCAAUUGAUCAGCUGGAGGAAGAUGUCUGGUCCAGCAGAAAAAAAGAGACACAAGAAAGAAUUUACACUGAUGACGAGCUCAGACGAAAGAAUGAAUACCUAGAGAAAGAACUGAGCAGCAAGAAAAGGGAGCUGGAACUUCACAAGUCUGAUUUUCAGGCUCAACUGGCAGACCUGUCCAAAGCAAAGAGAGACUUGGAGGCUACGCUGAAAGAUGUUCUCCAGGCCAUGAGGACUAGUCAACAGACCGGUUCUGAUUCUGCUAGCAGUAUGAAAAGCUUGUCUAAUGCUUUACAUGUGAGCAGCCUUGGUGGGCAACCUGAGACUGACCUCAACUCUCAAAUCCAUCAGCUGGUGGGCCGAAACGAAGAGCUGAGGCAGGAACUGAAAUUGGCUCGAGAGGAGGCGAGCAGCAGCUUCAGUGACCUCGUCAGAGCCAAAGAGAAGGUGAGCCAUCUCCAAACUGAGCUGGAACAGCUCAGGCAGUCAGGCAGAGGUGGAGUUCUCCCUCGACCUCUGACCCUCCCCGAAGGCCUGGGCCCCAGCAGCACCGAGGUCAUUAGCUCCUUGAACGAGUACGCUGUUCGACUGCUUCAGGAGCUGAAAAACAGGGAGGAAAAAAGCAGGAAACUUUUAGAAACCCUGGAAGAAUACAAAGAGAAGUUUUCUGUCAUAAGCCAUCAACAAGGACUCCUCUAUAAGGAAUAUUUAAGUGAAAAGGCAGAGUGGCAAAAAGAGAAGGAGACAUUCACAGACACAAAGAACAAGCUGGAUGAGCAAAAGCAGGUGGACGAUGUGAAAAUUCAGCAGUUCAACGAGCUGCUGGACACACUUCACAGAGACCCCGAGGAAAUCAGGAGGCAGCUGAGCGAGGCAUUCCGCAAGCUGACCAUGCUGAGGGUCAACGAGAAAAAACUGACGCGCCGCUACUCCACUCUGCUGGAACGGGAGCAGCUCCUCCGCAAGGAAAAUGGCAAGCUGAGGGACGAGAGCAGCCGCAUGCAGGCCUCUGUCCUCCAGAGGAUGGGCUACCUGCAGAGGUACAAGGAAAUGGCAGCCUAUAAGAUAACAGCCCUGCAGAAGGCCUUGGAUGACAGCGUGCCUGCAUCAGAACUUGAGAGAGCCAAUAAGCAGUACACCGAGCUAACAGUCAAAUACAGAGAUGCGCUCCAGAAGGACAGCCUACUUGUACAGAAAACAUCCAGCCUCCAACAUUUAGAGAGCGAAAAUGAGUCUCUACAGGAACAAAUCUCUGCCGUCAAUAAGGAGCUGGAGAUCACGAAGGAGAAACUCAACACGUUGGAGCAAGCAUGGGAGACCGUUGGUUCAGUCGGCUCUGAAACUGGCCUGGUCAAAGGAGACAGGGCAUCGAUCAACAACGAGGCGAUAUCCGCUGCAAGAAGGAUCACAGCUUUAGAGAUGAAGGAGCUGAACGAGAGGCAGAGGGCCGAGCAUGCCCACAGAAUGUAUGAACACAUGAGGAAUUCCCUGAGACAAGUGGAGGAGCGCAACACAGAGCUGGAAUCUAAGUUCUCAGAGCUGACCAAGAUGAAUGUGGAGGCCCAGCGGAUCGAGCGUGAGCUAAGAGAUGAGCUGGCGGGCGCCAGCAGCAAAGCCGCCAGCGACGCCGACAAGGCCAGGAUCACAGAGCUGGAGAAGGCUGAGGCCGAGCUGCGCCUCGAGGUCUCCAAGUUGCAAGAAGUCUCAGAUGUGGCUUUGUCUCAGGUCUCCGCUCUGCAGGCCAGACACCAAUCCAAAGACAAUGAAGUCGAGGCUUUAAGGAGACAAAUACUGGAUUACCAGUCUCAGUCGGAUGAGAAGGCUCUGAUAGCAAAGCUCCAUCAACACAUGGUAGCGCUGCAGCUCAGUGAGUCGGCGGCUCUGGGGAAGCUGGAGGCCGCCGCCUCUCACAUACAACGACUGGAGGCCAACAUGCUGCGCGCCGAGCAGCGGCUGGAUGCCAGCGAGCGAGCGCUCUUCCUCGCACGGCAGGAGGGCCGCCACCGUGCCACACACCUCCGCCAGACCGUCCAGGCGCUCCGCAGGCAGUUCGCCGGGGCGCUGCCCCUCCGGCAGCAGGAGAAGUUCUCCCUUGCCAUGCUGAAGCUCCAAGAGGACCAAGCCAAAGCCCAGGAGGAGAGGAGGGCAGCUGAGAAGGAGAGGCGGAGGGCAGAGGGAAAAGCCCAGGAGCUGGAGGUGAGACUGCAAGGCCUGGAGGAGCUCAUCUCUACCCUGAAGGAUGUGAAGGGGGCCCACAAGGUAAUGGAGUGGCACAAGAGGAUGGAGGAGGCCCGCCUCCAGGAGCUGAGGAAAGGGAGGGAGCUGGUGGUCCAGAAGGAAGAGAUCAGUUACCUGAAGAAGCUGGUGGAGGAGCAGGACCGCACGGUCCGCUCGCUAGAGGAGGACAUCGUCCAGCUCAACUCUCUUCAGGAAGAGCGUCAGCUGGCGUGGGACCAGCGGGAGGUGGAGCUGGAGCGCCAGCUGGACCGCUACGAGCAGCAGCACACCGAGAUUCUCAACAGCGCUGAGAAGGUUGAGGAAGAGGAAGGGCCGCUCCCAGACCCAGCGCUGCCUCUGGCUCAUCAGUUAGAGUUUGCUUUGAGUAAAAUCAAAGAGCAGGUUCGCACAAUCUUGGAGCUUCAGGGAGCAUGCAAAAGUUUGGACAAGAAACUGAAAGAGAGCGAAGUAGCUCUGUUAAAAACAGAGCAGAACGUUGUGUCGAGGGACAAGGUGAUCAACGAGCUGCGUCUCCGGCUCCCGGCAGCGGCCGACCGCGAGCGUUUGCUUGCUGACCUCAGAAAGAAUGAAGAGGACCAGCCAAGCGGUCAGGCUGCCCUCAAGCUGGCGCACCAGACCAUCAAAGAUCUCCAAAGUCGACUCGACAAGAAGGAAGAUGUGCUGAAGAAAUACCAAAACCAGAUGUCUCAGGCCAGACAGGAUCAAGAGGAGAUGAUAAAAAGGCAUCAGGAAGAGUUGAGAAUAUUACAUCAGAAGCUGGAUUUGCACACAGACACCUCUCUGGAUCAGUUCAAACAGACAGCAAUGGAGUUGAUGAAGAAGCCCGCUAUCAGAGUGCCAACACCUAAACACCUGGAGCGCCUGGCUGAGUUGGAGCAGACGGUGGCUGAGCAGGAUGCAUCACUCAGCUCUGUCACAGAGAAGCUGAAGCUGACCGCAGUCGAGCUGGAGCAACACCGGAUCAACAUGGAGAUGCAGGCUAAGAAACAUGCUGAGGAGAUGGCAAAGCUGGAGGAGAACUACAUUGCCCAGGUGAAGGCUCUGAGCGGGGAGGUAGAGGACAGGAGCAGCCAACUGGCUCAGAUGGAGAAGGAAAUGAGCUUCCUGCGCUCAGAGCUGGAAGCACAGAAAGAGGCCAACGUUCGGUCCCCGAGCAACACCAUGAAAAACCUGGUGGAACGCCUCAAAGCACAGCUCACUCAGAAGGAAAAACAGCUCAAGGCUCUCAGUAAGGCGCUGUUGGAGCUGAGGGCGGAGAUGACGUCAGCUGCAGAGCAGCAAGUCAUAGCUAACGCUGCCCAGAAAGAGCAGAGUCUCAAUGUUCAGAUGAUGGUGGACAAACACACCAAAGACCUGAAGGCACGGGUACAGGAACUGAACGAAGAACUUCAAGCUGCAAAGGAGUCGGCCAAAGCAGCCAGGAGCAGAGAGAACGUUCUGAAAGAGGAGGUUGAAGGACUAAACCAAGACUUCCAGAAAUAUCAAAGAACUCAGAGACGACUGCAGGCCGAAAAAGCAGAGCAAGAGCAAGAAGUGGUGGAGCUCAAGCAGCAAGUACAGAGGCUCACCAGCGCCAUGCAGAAUCAGACAGAGGCAGACGGCAAAGGAGCCAUCAUAGAGAAUCUGCAGAAGAAGAUCAGGAGGCUGGAGUCAGACCUGGAGAAAAGGAACGACGUAAAAAAUAUCAAAGAUGAUCAUGGAAAGACCAAAGAUGAAAUUGUGCGGUGGGAGGAGAGCAAAAGAUGGCAGGCUAGAAUGGAAAAGGUGAAGAAUUCCCUGAAGGAGAAGGAACGAGAUAACGAAUCGUUGUCGAAGCAACUCAGCACUCUUAAAGAUCUUUAUGGCAGAUUGGAGCAGGAGAAGACUGCGCUGCAGAAAAAACUAAAAGCUCGAGGUGUGACCGCCGACCAGGUGGUGGGGGUACGAGCCAAUGACAUGGAAAGGCAGAUAGAGGAGUUGAAGAAGAAGAAUUCUGAGCUGGAAACCCAGAUUGUAACCAUAAAACAGCAGCAGGCCUUGCCUCGUGACGAUGCCAUGGAGAACCUUAUGUCAAAGAACCAACUUCUAGAGGAGAGACUCCAUUCCUUAGAGAGGCAGAUAUCGAAGGAACCCCCUUCCAGACCCUCGGGGAGAGACUUCUCCUCCCGGGCGUUUAGCGGGAUUUGUUCGCUCACGUUUGAUGUUGAGGACGAAGUGUCGUGCUCUCAGCUUCCCCAAACUCCCGACCCCGUAGGAGGCGCCCUCGGCCAACAGGGGGGGCUCAUACAGAACCAGGCAUGGGGAGGAGAGGACCUGGAUGUGGAUCGCCUCGAAGAUGAAAGGCAAACACCAGCAGUUGUUGGAGAAAUUGAAGAAAGCAUCCCGAUUGGAUGUGACGUUACGGAGCCUGUGGAACAGGAAGAACUCCCCGACACAAAAGGGAAUGGCGCCGAUGAUCGCUCAAAAAGGACGGAAUCCAUCUCGCCUCCGUCUGCAACGCUGGCAGCGACGGGCGGUGGAACAAGCGAAAGUAGGAAGAAACCGGGCGAUCCUGACCCAGACGGUGAAGGCAUGGUUCCUGAUGAUGAUGAUGUCGGAGUUAUCCCGGAGGUGUCCCAGAAUGCCAAAGAAAAGGUGGAAGAAAAAGAAGAUGUGACAACAAGAACGGAUGUGGAGGAAGAUGAACAGGAUUCUUUGUCAGCUGAUCCUGAUGUUGAUUCUAGUAUCACUCUGAGUAAACGCUGGGAGAGAAUAGUCCACGCAAAAAGGGGCAAACAAACACAAAAACAGGAAUUUGUGAAAUAUCAGAAGACUUCGGGACGCGGGACCGGGACUCCAUCACAGAGAGAUCAGGACAUCUCAAAGGAAAACCUCAAGCUGGCCUCAGAGAACUUGGAGCUGCGCCUCCAGCUGGAGCAGGCCAACCAAGACUUACCCAGGCUGAAGAAUCAGGUCACAGACCUAAAGGAGAUGUGUACGGCUCUGAAACAGGAGAGAGCGGAGGCCGAGAAGAAGCUGGCGCACCUACGGGGAGGUGGUUACAGUGGUAAAACGGUCCCUGAGCUGGAGAAGACCAUUGGUCUAAUGAAGAAGGUGGUGGAGAGGGUGCAGAGGGAGAACGAGGCGCUGAAGAAAUCCAGCGGCCCUGUAGAGCAAGACAGAGUUGCCGCUUUGGAGAAGGAAAACGAAAAGCUGAAGGCUGACUAUGAGAAGCUGAAACAUCGAAGCGAAGCUGAGCUGAGUGCAAAACUGGAAUCCAAAACCAAAGGACUGGAGAGGAUCGUGGUGGAGAACGAGCGCCUCCGCAGAGAGAUCAAAAGGGAAGUGGAGGCGGCGGAGAGGCUGAGAGUGAGCAGGACGAGUCUGGAGGCGUCCAAUGAGAAGCUGGAGUGUGAGCUGGAGGAAACCAGGCAGAGGUUGCGAGCGGCUCUGUCCAAAGCGGCCGCUGCGGGCCCCGAAGGCAAAGCUUCCAGGGCCACUGUUGUUGCCAGGAUGUUUGAGAACAAGAUGAAGGAGUUGGAGGAGCAGCUCUCCCAGAAGACCUCCAGCAUGUCGGAGCUCAAGCAGCAGCUCAAAGAGGCCAAAGGGCGCGAGGAGCGAGCCGAGACGCGGGCAAGGCAGCUCCAAGAUCAGGUUGACUUGUUGCAAAAGUUUCCAGCAGCUCCAAAGACUAAUGUGGGGAGCUCCAAGGAUCUCCAAGCUGUCAGACUGGAGAGCGCUGAGCCAGAGAGGACAACCAUGGAGCCGAAACAGAAGCCGAGUGACGACCCGGAGCAGGAUGCUGGAGUUUCUCCAGAACCUGGUCUUGGGAACCUGAAAAGGCUCCUACAAGCAGCCGAAAGCCAGAAAUCUAAACUCCAAGAAGAGGUGAGAAAGCUCAGGAAGGAGCUGGGAAACUUCGACCCGAACUUUUUCGAAGAGCUGGAGGAUUUGAAAUACAACUACAACCUGGAGGUGAAGAAGAACAUCCUGCUGGAGGAGCAGCUAAAGAAGGUGUGCGAUCGGUUUGGCGUGACGGCUGAAAUGCCCAGCGUGUCCAUCAGCUAACGCAAGGUUGUCCAGACUUUUUAACGACAAGUUUUCUACUGUUCUAAUUAUGUUCUUUUUUUGUUACUGUCAGUCAGCAGAAACAACCAAGCACCACCUUUUUUUUUUUUUUUUUU